AUGAAAAACAGAGAAGAAUUUGUUUCAGAUGACGAGCUAUUGGGGGACGAGGAUGUAGCAAAAAUAAUAAAACCAAUAAGAAAGAGCUCAAACAGAACGUGUGCGAACUGCACAUGCGGCAAGAAAGACCUCAGCAAAAUAGAGGGAGGGAAAAUAAAAGAGGAGGUAGAGUCCAACUGCGGCAACUGCAACCUCGGGGACGCAUUCAGAUGCGCAGGCUGUCCGUACACAGGGCUGCCUCCGUUUGUAAAGGAUGCGCCUGUUGAGUUUAAUCCAGACGAGGUGUAG